AUGAAAUUAAUUUUAACAAAAUUUACAACAAUUUUAUUUUCAUUAUUAUUUAUUAAUGAAUCCUCCUCUAGUGCAAUACGUAAUUUGCGUUCUCACUAUGAUGCUGGAACCGAUACAAUAUUAGUUGAUUGGGAGUGGGAUGAGCUAAGUGGAGGAUUGGUCAGGCAACAACUUGAAGGUGGCCAAAAUGAAGAUGAAUGGAGACGAGUUGAAGCAGAAGAGGAUGGACUUGGUGCUCGCAUUCCUCUUGGACGAUUAUCGUUGAGUGAUGGGGAUGAGGUGAUGACUCAGCUUUUUAUUGCGGUUCAGGUACUAGCAGAGCCACUAACUCCUCCUGAAACUGGAAGCAGCGCUUCGUUGAAGCAGCACAGUGAACCUCUUGUUGUUUGGAUUGCUAGGCGUCAGAGUAAUUCUGAUGGGAAUUCUGACGGAUAUUCUGAUUUUGAUGGGAAUUCUGAUGGGAAUUCUGACGGAUAUUCUGAUUUUGAUGGGAAUUCUGAUGGGAAUUCUGGUGGAAAUUCUUAUUUUUCCUCAAAUUCUGAAAAAAAUUCUGAGAAAAAUUCUGAUAAAAAUUCUGAUCAAAAUUCUGAUUUUUCUUCAAAUUCCAAUUUUGAACUUCCCAAAAAUCCUCCACCUACAGCAGAAGAAAUUCUCCCUCCCUACAAUUUUACUGCAAAUAUUCUUGGCCCCACACAAGUAAAAUUGGAGUGGAAAACACCUCCAAGAUCUUCAGAUACAACAGAGCCUUAUUACUUUUAUAUUAUUAAUGUUAGACAAAUAAGUGCAAAUGAUCGUAGUGGAAGGAAGUUUGCUCCACUGCAAAUUCGUGUGGACAAAACAAAUUUCCUAUUAGGCCAUUUAAUACCAGGAGAGAGGUAUGAAAUUACUCUUAGGAGUGCAACAAGUUCUGAUCGUAUUUCCUCUGCCGCAGCAAUUGUUGAAAUUGCCUUACCGAAGGAGGAUGAGGGUGCUUUAAUGGACGUUGGGAAUUUAUUGGUAACUUCCAGAUUUAUGCAUGAUGGUCGAGGAGUUGUUAAUCUUACAUGGGAAGUGCCUCCACAAUUAAUAGGGAAGAUAAAAUCUUAUGAGAUGCGUUAUAUAGAAGCUAGUAAUGCCCAAAGCGGAAUAGAACGGUGGGAACACCUCCAUUUUCCCGGAGAAGCACCUCAAGCUCAACUUUAUAGCAUGAAACCAGACACAGAAUAUUUAAUAAGAAUUCGGACUUUAUUAAUUUCUGGUUUGCAAGUGGAAAGCGGCGAGUUCCGCAUUCAUACACCACGCAUAAAAGAGCCUACCCCUUUGGCAAGGCUUGAUGUUUUGUAUUCAAGUGAGCAACCUACUGUGCGUUUACAAUGGACGUUAGCCCCACAUAUUCACUCAUCAGAAAUUAACGGAUACGAUUUGAGAAUAACCGACCGUUAUGAUUUACCGGAAAGUGAGUGGCGCUAUCACCGAGUUAGUGGCUAUUCACCACAAUUUGCUUUGGAUAACCUUCGACCUUACACAACCUAUUUUGUUCGUGUAGAUAUUCGUAAAAAUAAUGGGGAUGUUUUAAAAGGAAAUACAAUUUAUCGGUUUACAACUUUGGGUAGGUUUUAAAUGAGAUUGUAAAAAAUAAACUUGGAAUUAAGUAGGAGAAUAAAUAAACUUGAAUUUGUAAAAAAUAAAUAAACUUGAAUUUUAAAAAAUAAACUUAAAUUACAACUGUGAAAUAAAAUA